AUGUAUCAACCCCAAAGCAGAUAGAACAGCAGACAGAUAGAGAGCGGUGCGAAGCAACGAUCAUCACAUAGAUCAUAGGCGGCGUGAUGACAGCGUCCAAGUCAGGAUGUGCUCUGCUAGCAGCUCUUGCCGGAGUCUCGGCGUUCGUACCGCAUGGACUCACCAAGCCUGCUCAACAGCAGGUGAAGGCACGAGGGUUCGGGCACGAGCACACCUCGGCUGUUUCUAGCCGACCGAUGCGGAUGUCUCUGGACGACGUAUCCGAAUCUAGGGAAGGGUUCUUGAAAGACUCCGCCUUGGGGCUGGCCGCAAGCGCGGUUGCGGUGGGCGCAUCGACGGGAGCACCCCCGGCGGCUGAAGCAGCUACCGUAAGCGCGUGGGAGCAGAUCCAGCUUCCUGUUGCGUCGGUGCUCUAUGACAUCGCGUUUGAUCCGGAGCACCCGGACCAUGGGCUCGUUGUUGGUGCUCAAGGAACCUUUCUCGAGACGUUCGACGGGGGGUACAAAUGGAGUGUUCGGACUUUUGGCAACUUGGAUGAGGAGGAGGAGAUCAACUACCGCUUCCAAAAGGUUUCCAUGUACAACGACGAGAUUUUCAUCAUUGGGAAACCGCCAAUCCUCCUCCACAGCAAGGACGCCGGAAAGACCUGGGAACGCGUACCUCUCUCACCUAAGCUUCCUGGAGAACCGUCCAACAUCGUGGCACUGGGCGGUGCGAAGGCCGAAAUGACCACCUCUUCUGGAGCGAUUUACUACACCAAGAAUGCCGGGAUGAACUGGUCUGCGCAGGUGAAGGAAACGGUGGAUGCCACGUUGAACCGAAUUUCUUCGAGCGGAGUGAGCGGUGCAAGCUACUUCACUGGGUCUAUUAUCGGGACCACCAGGGCGGAGGACGGAUCCUACUUGGCCGUGUCAUCUCGCGGUAACUUCUACCUCACAUGGUCCCCUGGACAGGACUUCUGGAUCCCACACAACCGAGGAACCUCUCGGCGUAUCCAGAACAUGGGCUUCGUGAGGGACCGUGCGGCAGAGGGGCUGUGGAUGACGCUCAACGGCGGAGCAAUGCAGAUGUCAACGACCCUACCCGAAGGAACGAGUGACCCCCUAUUUUCGGAAACAGCGAUCAAGUCUGGUGGCUACGGAAUCAUCGAUGUCGCGUGGAAGAACGACAACGAGGCGUGGGCUGUUGGUGGAGGUGGGAGUCUGUGGUAUUCCACAGAUGGUGGCGAAACGUUCAAGUUUAGUUCCGGCGCUACCAACAUCGGGGCGAACCUUUACGACGUGAAAUUUUUCGGAGGAGACAAGGGAUUUGCUAUCGGUUCUGACGGUGUCCUUCUCAAGUACAUCCCGGACCAAUUGUGAACAGAGAAGCAGGAACGGCCUGGGGAUCGAGCAAAGAGGAUUCCAGUAACAGCUUGCAUAUAUCGAGGGCAGCUGAUCUUUGCGAUUGUAGGGACGUGAUUUACACUCGAAAAUGGAAAUCAACAGAAUAGAUGACAAGUACUACAGUGGCGACAUAGGUCGUAUAGGGAGGACAGACAUACCUGAUUUCACCUUGCGUGAGGACUAGAUGCCACAUGCUUAGUGUACUGGUACUGGUGUUUUCGUUGUUAAGAAUUGUUGCGGUGCUGACUCUCAUCCGGUGCAUGUGAAGGAUUUCACCGGCAACAUGAAGAUGACGGCGGUGUGCGUUGCCGUUUUCAACUAUAAUUAAAUUUGUUCGGUUGCCUUUCCUCAAUUUCGGGCAUGAAGCUGCCAAACGGUCGACAUAGCGGUCGUUCCUGAACACGUUUCCCAUUGAGUGGGUUUUAUUGAUGGUUGUGGCCAAUACUUCGCCUUGAUGGCUGAACCGAUUGACACGAGCGGGUGGUUUAGCUGUUGUAGUCCAUAUCUGCAGCCUCUCUCUGCAUGGUCUUUGUUUAUUUCGUUGGAAACACUCACUGGACGAGGUAUUUCCAAUGAAGUGAUAUUUUUUCGCACAAAAGGCUCGUCGAACCUAACGGUGCCAGCUACCUAACUAAGUGGAUGGUGUAAUAUCAUAAUCAACUUCACGUUC